CGCCGCCGCGGGAUCGCGCCCCUCCCCCAGCCCCCGGCCCCUCCGGCGCGCGGGGAGCGGACGCGCGCGCGGCUGCUCGCUGCCCCCGACUGAGAGCACGAGAUCCCCCUCAGGAGCGUGUCUGAGGAGAUACAGGUGCCCCUGAUCCACACCUGAGGAAACGCACUCGGAGGUGUUCCACGCACCCAAGCAGCAGUGAUCAUGGUGGAAGCCCCGGCUGGCCCCGGACUCAAGCCCACCCUUAGCCGCUGUGCUCUUACCCCCGACUCAGCACUGGUGGCCCGGUCCGUGGAGCCGGCCGCAGGAUGCUCCCGGCGUGUGGAUGACCCGCCGCCCAGCCCCGCACGGCCCAGGCCCGGAUGCCGCGCCCUGGUCUCCUGACCCGGGGACCCCGCCCGUCGCGGGACUGAGCUUCCCGAGCCCGCCGAGCGAGCAGCGACGGCGCAGGGACCCCGGGGAAGGGGCUCGGCGCCGGCGGGAAACAUUUUCCCCCAGCGGCUCGGCAAGAUGACCAGCCUGUUCCGCCGGAGCAGUGGCGGCGGCGGCGGCGGCGGCUCGGCCGGGGCGCGCGGGGCCGGGGGCAGCGCGGCGGCCUCGCAGGAGCUCAACAACAGCCGGCCCGCCCGCCAGGUGCGCCGCCUCGAGUUCAACCAGGCCAUGGACGACUUCAAGACCAUGUUCCCCAACAUGGAUUACGACAUCAUCGAGUGCGUGCUGCGCGCCAACAGCGGCGCCGUGGACGCCACCAUCGACCAGCUGCUGCAGAUGAACCUGGAGGCGGGUGGUGGCAGCGUCUACGAGGACAGUUCGGACUCGGAGGACAGCAUCCCCCCGGAGAUUUUGGAAAGGACCUUGGAACCGGAUAGCUCCGACGAGGAGCCCCCGCCUGUGUACUCCCCGCCAGCCUAUCACAUGCAUGUGUUUGACAGGCCUUACCCUCUGGCUCCCCCCACUCCACCUCCCCGCAUCAACGUGCUGAGCUCCGCGCCCCCUGCCAGCCAGAGGCGCUAUCGGAACUGGAACCCCCCACUGCUAGGCAACCUUCCCGAAGACUUUCUCCGCAUCCUGCCCCAGCAGCUGGACCGCAUACAGGCUAACUCCGGGGGCUCCAAGCCUGCGAGUGUAGAGGGAGGCCUGCCCGCCACGGCCGGGCCCGGGCCCGGGCCCCGGGACCAGGAGAGCCGCUGGAAGCAGUACCUGGAGGACGAGAGGAUUGCGCUCUUCCUGCAGAAUGAGGAGUUCAUGAAGGAGCUGCAGCGCAACCGCGACUUCCUCCUUGCCCUGGAAAGAGAUCGACUGAAAUACGAGUCCCAGAAAUCUACAUCCAGCAGCGGGGCCUUGGGAAAUGAAUUUGACUUUCCUUCUCCCGUCCCAGGAACCAGCGACGCCAGCCCCGCUGUGUCUGAAGAUGCCUUAUUCAGGGACAAGCUGAAACACAUGGGAAAGUCCACCCGGAGGAAGCUGUUCGAACUGGCCAGGGCCUUCUCGGAGAAGACCAAGAUGAGGAAGUCCAAGAGGAAACACUUGUUGAAGCAUCAGUCGCUGGGGGCUGCGGCGUCAACGGCCAACCUCCUGGAUGACGUGGAGGGCCACGCUUGUGAUGAGGAAACAGGGAAGAACUUGUCCAAGGUCUCAGAGCUCAUCGAUAGAGACAGAGCAGCACCCAGGAGUCCGAACCCUGCACUGUGCCCUGCUGCCUCUCACCAGACCCCCGGGGAUCGGCGUGUGUCCCAGCAAACAAGAGUGGAGAGAGUUGACGAAGACUUCCGGGGAAGGCGACAGGAGGUGCCCAAGGUGGAGGAAGCACUCAGGGAAGGACAGUAAGAGAUGCCAGCAGUUCCUCCUCGCCGGAGACCAUCUGACCCGGUGGAGGCAGCCCGAGAGCAAACCGGCCCCCAGCUGAAGAGCCCAGCUGCAGCCGGACAGAUGGUGCUUGAGUUCUGAGGCCCAGUGAUUCUCCGGCCACAGUCCAGCCCAGCCACUGCCACUUUCCAAGGGACUUAGAACUUCGGAGUUGCAUGCUGUGAUUGGAGGAAGGACCUGAGGGUGGAGGCAACCACAGCCCCUUUUGUAGCCAGGCUGUUCUAUGGGAAAUGAGUGGAAAUGCAGGAUCUAACCCCUCUUCUUAAAAAAAAGAAAAAAGAAAAAAAGAAAAAAGACCCCAGAAAACUGGCAAAGGUUGGAGUACCCAAAAGAGGAGGAUGAUCCUACCAGAGGCUUGGGGGAACCCCUGCCCCCUCCUGUAGGGCCACAGACACUGCCUGAUCCCCUGCCCUAUCCCCGGCUCCCUUCUGGGCAUCUUGGGCCCUUUAUUCCCAUGGCCUCCUGCACCUCAGUCAUUCCCCAGGGCUGCCGGCCCUCGGCACACCCGUGCACAGAGCUCUGGGUCAGAGAGCGCUAUGCGGUCACUUGGGCCCGCUCUGAGGUGUGAUGGGCCACUGCAGAGAGGUAUCUCCUGACUGCUUGGGCCCCCCUGGCUGCCUCUGUUGGGGGCUGGCAAGGGCCCCCAGCAGGGAUGGGGAGGCUGGCCACCCCGGAGCUGGAGGAGUCUAGCUGGGCAGAGGUAGUCUUUACUCUGGCAGAAGACAAAACCCAGUUCUGGAUGGGACCCUGGAGUCCCACGACACUGGGGUCUCCAGGGGCUCUGACUCCGCGGCUGGACUAGAAGUUCUGCUGUCACCAAGGGUGGGCAGGAGCCAGUUCUUUAGUAACGCUGAGAAGGUGCAGGACUGAGGGGCAAGAAGAUGCCGCCGCCAGCCAGGCCAGAGCCCCUGGGGCAGAAGGGCUUGCUGGGUGACUCUAGCCGAGAGUGAGAGGGCGAAUGGCCAGGAGGAAAACAAGGGUCGUAUGAACCUGACCAGGCACCAGCCACUGCCAACGGGAGGGGGGAGGGGGGAGGGGGAGGCAGCCCGGCCUCUGUGGCCCUGCGGCCUUGGAGAGGCGGAGGCGCUGACCUCGGGAGAACCGGGAAGCCUGGGCAGGCACGAGGCUUGGCCCCAGCAGGAGCCAGCUCAGUCGCACAGCGCUGGGGUGUUGGGAGCGGGCGCCGAGCCUGGCGGGGCUUGGUGGCUGUAAGUCACCCCGAGAUAAUGAGGGCGUGGCGGGCUCCCCGCGGUGCCGGAGGGGGCCCUGGCCGGGCGCGGCAUCCCAACCGAGUGCGGAAGUGCGGCCGCCCUCCCCAUCCCCGACGGCCCUCGAUGACGGGGCGCAGAAGAGGGGGAGCCCCCGGACCCCGCCCCCGUUCCUGUGUGUGGCUUUGUCAGUGUUUCUGUUUCUGUUUGUUCUACGUGUGGGUUUUUUCUUGGAGCUGUUUCAUAGGAGUUCGUGUAAUAAAGACUUGGUGUGCUCUUGGU